AAAAAAAAAAGUUAGAAUUAAAAAGAAGAGAUUACCAAGUUGUUUGGUGUGUUUCAGAGUUAUUGGAGUGGAGGGGACAAAAAGAUAAUAGUGAAAUAAUUGGAAUGGGGAAAGCUUAGCCAUGGCUUUGACCACCCACCUCUUCUUUACAUGCAUUACUAAAAUGCACCCUCAUAUCCGUAUAUAAUUUUUAAGUAUUAACACUCUCAAGCCUUGCACUUUGGAGUUUGGAGUUCUCUCUCUUUUUCUCUCUCUUUUUCAUUGUCUGUGGAUAUUGAGUUUGCAGAGCUGUUUUGCCAUCAGAGGGAGGCCUAAAGGUUUGGUCUUUGGGCUCAAGUAUUUCUUCAGGUGAUGGGGAUGCAUUUGGUGCUGUCAUUGUUGGUUUAAAUCUGAUAGAGAGGUGUUGAUAGUCCAUUUCAAUGGCUUCGAAGACAGCCUCGAAGUCUUUAUCUGAACAACAGCUCAGGCAACCUGAUAACCAAGUUUUAUCGGCAACUGAUGGCAAGCCUUUACAUUUGCAAGCUCCUGAUUCAAGUUCAUCAGAACCUAAUACUACUAAUUCUCUGCAUUCAUCAUCCGACGGAACUCUGAGCUUUGAGGAACAUACAGACCAAGGAAAGAAACUCUUGGAGCAAGACACCGUCAAAGAUAGCUCGGCAUUGGCUAAAGCAAGCGAUGGAACUAGCAGUUUGAGAAAAACCACUGAUAGAGCCGACCUCGUCGAGAGUGGAAAGAGUAGCUUAUGCCGGGCUAGCACAAGCAGCGAUGUCAGUGAUGAGAGCACUUGUAGCAGCUUGAGUAGCAGUAUAAACCGGCCUCACAAGGCGAAUGAUUCUAGAUGGGAAGCUAUUCAAACAAUUCGAACCAAAGAUGGAGUCUUGGGAUUAAACCAUUUCAGGUUGCUCAGAAGGUUGGGCUGUGGUGAUAUCGGUAGUGUUUAUCUGUCGGAAUUGAGUGGAACAAAGGCUUAUUUUGCAAUGAAGGUUAUGGACAAGGGAUCUUUAGCAGGUCGAAAGAAGCUACUCAGAGCACAGACUGAAAGGGAAAUUUUGCAGUCUUUGGACCACCCAUUUCUGCCAACAUUAUACACUCACUUUGAGACCGAUAAAUUCUCGUGUUUGGUCAUGGAAUUUUGCCCCGGCGGAGAUCUCCACUCACUCCGGCAGAGGCAACCUGGGAAGUAUUUCUCAGAACAAGCUGUAAAGUUUUAUGUGGCAGAGGUUCUACUAGCAUUAGAGUAUCUGCAUAUGCUCGGCAUCAUCUACCGAGACCUCAAGCCGGAGAAUGUACUUGUGAGAGAUGAUGGCCACAUUAUGCUCUCAGACUUCGACCUCUCUCUUCGCUGCGAUGUAAGCCCAACUCUCAUCAAGUCCUCUAACUCGGAAGCCGAUUCUCUCAGGAAGAACCCUGCAUAUUGUGUUCAGCCAUCUUGCAUUCAACCUUCUUGCAUUCAACCAUCAUGUGUGGCUCCUACCACAUGUUUCUCGCCUCGGUUCUUCUCCUCUAAGUCGAAGAAAGACCGGAAACAAAAGCCGGAGGUAGUAAACCAGGUUAGUCCAUUGCCGGAGCUCAUUGCAGAGCCAACGGAUGCCCGUUCGAUGUCAUUUGUUGGCACUCAUGAAUAUUUAGCCCCUGAGAUCAUCAAAGGAGAAGGCCACGGCAGCGCUGUCGAUUGGUGGACCUUCGGUAUCUUCUUGUAUGAGCUUUUGUUCGGCAAGACUCCAUUUAAGGGAUCAGGUAACAGAGCUACAUUGUUCAAUGUUGUCGGUCAGCCAUUGCGAUUCCCUGAGUCUCCCAUUGUGAGCUUUGCGGCGAGGGACUUAAUAAGAGGAUUACUUAUCAAAGAACCACAGCAGAGGCUUGCAUACAAGCGCGGCGCAACCGAAAUAAAGCAGCAUGCAUUCUUUGAAGGAGUGAACUGGGCCUUGAUCCGGUGCGCAACUCCGCCGGAGAUUCCUAAACAUGUUGAGCUUGAUAAGUCCCCGGUGCCGACCUCGUCGACAAGCGGGAAAGCUAAGCAAAAUGCAAUGCAAAAGGGUGGUGAUAACUAUCUUGAAUUUGAUUUCUUCUAGUGUUUUAUUUUUGUUUUGUUGGGCUGAAGUGAUGCAAUUUGUGGUAUAAGUUAAGGUGUAGGAAGAUUCUAAAUAUUUUCAUACAGAUUGUUUUCAUCUUUCAGUACUCAAAUGCUGAUAUGUUUUCAUGCUUGAAACUUUUGAUGCAAUUGAGAGAGCUUUUUGGAUGUUC